AUGGUCCCCGGGGCCCCCAGCACGACCACCACCAUGCUCCCCGCAUCCGAGGCUGCCAAAAUCUACCAGACCAACUACGUGCGCAACUCCCGCGCCAUCGGCGUCCUGUGGGCCAUCUUCACCAUCCUCUUCGCCAUCGUCAACGUGGUGUGCUUCAUCCAGCCGUACUGGAUCGGAGACGGCGUGGACACCCCGCAGGCGGGCUACUUCGGUCUCUUCCACUACUGCAUCGGGAACGGGCUGUCCCGGGACUUGACCUGCCAGGGCAGCUUCACCGAGUUCAGCACCAUCCCGUCCGGUGCGUUCAAGGCCGCCUCCUUCUUCAUCGGCAUGUCCAUGGUGCUGGUCCUCACCUGCAUCGGCUGCUUCGCGCUCUUCUUCUUCUGCAGCACCGGCACCGUGUACAAGAUCUGCGGCUGGAUGCAGCUGGCUGCAGGUACGUGUCUGAUCCUCGGUUGCAUGAUCUACCCAGACGGCUGGGACAGCGACGAGGUGAAGCGGAUGUGUGGCGAGCAGACGGACAAGUACACGCUGGGCGCCUGCUCGGUGCGUUGGGCCUACAUCCUGGCCAUCAUGGGCAUCAUGGACGCGCUCAUCCUCUCUUUCCUGGCCUUUGUCCUGGGAAACCGCCAGGACAGUCUGAUGUCUGAGGAGCUGCUGGGAGACAAGAGCGGUAAUAAUGCCAUAUAACUUCUGCUAUGAGUAAAGCAGUCACACACACAGGUUUUGCUGCCUAGACAUGAUGUUACUUCAGGAUCCAGCUCCCCUCUCCUGGUCCAGCUUGUGGCUGGGAUGCAGAGCUGAUGUGUGAACAGAUCAAAAGGGAAGAGGAAGAGGAGGUGGUCUGGAAGAGGCCACACAACCUUGUGGAGGGGACCAGGAUGUCCCCGCUGAAAGCUCCCCCUGUAAAAUAGCCUUCUCAGUCAUCUUAAACUGCUUAUUUUUGCAGGAUGAAUUCUCAAAAAGACUUUCUCUGAGCUUACCUGUGUUGGUAUGUGACUGCAUCAUCCUGCCCAAGCUGUUCCAACUGAAAUGUUCUCCAUGUGGAUGUGGGGAAGGCUGCCAGUGCACA